AUGGAGACAUCUUCAUCGCGCCGCAAAGCCUGCGACUUGUGCUUCGUUAAAAAGAUCAAGUGUGACAUGCUCAAGCCCGCGUGCUCGAACUGUUCACUGUAUAAGUCGGAAUGCCGAACAACUACAAUCCGACGCAGGCCACAUCCGGCCAGAGAGCGGGCACAACCGCCUACACAACAUGAAUCAGAAGAUACGAACAAAGUCUCAGAAUUGGAAGCUCGCCUAGCAAGGAUGGAGAAGCAGUUACAGCAAGCCCUCAAUGUCAACAGCCAACUCCUCAGCAACACCCUGCCACAGUCGCCACCCAACCCAACCACGACCCAAGUAUCCUCAGAAGGCGGGGACUCGACAGACAGCAUGGACUUCAUAGAUCCCGUGUCCAGCAGUGGGAGUCCGAGUGAAUGGGUAACGGAGUCCGAGAAGCCAAAGCUGCCGCCGCUUGAGGACAUCGUUCCCGUGAUUGACGAAUUCUUCAACCGUUACAACGCCGUCAUGCCAAUCUUUGACCAGCCAACGUUCAUGCGUAUGCUAUCCGAUUGGUAUAUGCCGUCAUCACAGCGAUCCACAGCAGUAUGGGCGGCUGUCCACAUUGCCCUGGCCCUUGGGUACCGCUGCACGUUGAAGGAGUCUGGUAACCUUGACGCACUGAUAGACGACGAAAAGGUACAAUAUCAUAUGCGGAAUGUGCAGACAGUCGUUUCCGAUUUAGUCACCCGGGAGGAAGAUCUCCUAGGGCUUCAAGUUCUGCUGGGAAUGGUCGUCUUGUUUCUGGGAACCAAGGAUCCUAAGCCGGCUUCGGUUCUGAUUGGCACCGCUAUCCGUCUGGCACAUCGCAUGCAUCUGCAUGACAAGGAUUCACUGCAAUUCUUCCCACCAGAAGUUGCGCGGCACAGAUCCCGACUCUUCUGGAUAACGUACGUUAUGGACAAGGAUAUAAGUCUGAGAACGAAGACGCCGUCGUUCCAGCUUGACGUGGACAUUGACCUGCCGCUACCCGAACAACAACCGGAAGACCUUGCGGGUAUGAUGUACGCAAAGAACGGCUGCAAAUUCAACUACUUUCGCGCUCGAGUAGAACUCAGCCAUAUUUCUGGCAAAGUUUAUGACCAGCUCUACAGCACAAGGGCGCGCAAAGUGUCGGCACAGGACAGACAACAGAGGGUGGCGAGGCUGGAGACCAUGUUGGAAAACUGGCGACGCAAUAUCCCGUCAGAAUUCCAGCUGGACUCGUUGCUCCGUUGUGUCGACGAGCUCUCCAUCGUGCACAUGUCGUUGCUCUAUCACGGAUUUUUUACGGCGAUGGUCAUGGCGCAUGGUAUUUACUCGCACGACGCCGACUGGGUCAAGCGUAUAAGCUCAUACAGCCGGGCCACGAUACACCACCUGGACGCGACGCCGAUAGCAGCGUGCAGUGGCGCAAACCCACCGUUGCCGGUCGGAUGGGCCAAGUGCGUCGAGCUGAGCCGCAGCUGCAUGAAUCUUUUCGUCAAGUCUCCAAAGACGGACUGUAGCAUCUGGUCGAACGCUUGUGCGCAUUUCUCCGGCCUCAUCAUUCUUCUGGCCAAUAUGUUCGUCUUCCCAGACCACCAACUGCUCAUAACAGACAAGGAGUUGGCCAACCAAGCGCUGAGGUUGUUUGAGUUGAUGCUCUCCAUGAACCAUCAAGAUUCGUUUUAUCGGCUCCAUGAAGUAGUCAAGGAGCUGUACCGGCGGGCAAUGGAGACUGUGGAUGAAGUUACCCAGAGGCGAGAGGAACAAGCGGCAGCGGCGUCAGAGUUGAUAGAUACGACAUUGCCGUUCGGGACACAAAUGGAAGACGAAGUAGAAUUCUUCCGAGGCGCUGAAGGAGUGGCAUUUGAUAAACAAUUCACGGGAGAAGUCACACCGGCGUCAUCAGGUAACAUGGGACAGUGGAGCUUGGAUUCUUUACAGGAGAUACAGAAUGAGCUGGGCCAAGCGGCUGUAUUAGUGGGAUCUAGCUACUGCUAA